CCACUUCUAAGCCAGGGACAGAGUUGGUGAUGUCGGCCGAGUGGGGAUAUAAGAGGCGCGUUACUCAGCGCUCUUCUUCAGUAGACACCACAACUAAACGGCGACUUGACGUGAUCAAGAUGGCAGUGCGAGUGGCAGUGGUAGGCGCAGGACCAGCGGGAUUGUGCGCGGCCAGGCACACCCAGGCUGCUGGGAUGUGUUGUACCGUGUUUGAGCUAAGUGGUGAUGUAGGUGGCACCUGGCAAUACACAGACUGUGUGGGCACUGACGCUUACGGCAUCCCCAUUCACACCAGCAUGUACCGCGACCUCAGGAUAAACGUUCCAAAAGAUGUUGUGAUGUUCCCCGGCAUCCCGCACAAGAACACAGAAGAUUCUUACCUCACAUCAGAAGAGAUAUUGGAGUAUCUUCACAACUACGCAGACAUGUUCAACCUUCGGGCACUGUGCAAGUUUAACCACUAUGUGAAGAGGAUCAGUCGGAAAGAAGGGGAAUGGUUAGUUACCGUUAUAGAUCUUCCAAACAACGAAGAAGGCACAUACAAGUUUGAUGCACUUUUCAUAUGUAAUGGUCUGAACAACAAGCCGAUGAUGGCGUAUAUAAAGGGGGCAGAGAGUUUUGUGGGCUCGAGCAUGCACAGUCAUGACUACCGGAAACCAGAACCAUUCGCUGGACAGCGGGUGCUGAUAGUGGGGGGUGGGGCCUCUGCACUUGACCUCACCAACCACAUCUCCAAGUUCGCUGACAAGGUGUUUUUAUCUCAUCGCUCAGACAGAUUCAAAGUGGAAAACCUGAGUCUGGCAAACAAUGUUGUAUACAAACCUGAAGCCCAGGAGUUGUUUACCCAUUCUGUAGUGUUUCAAGAUGGUACUAUUGAAGAUAUUGAUGCUAUUGUUUACUGCACAGGAUACAAGUGCAACUACUCCUUCAUGGAUGGGUCCUGUGGCAUCACGGAAGAUGAUGGAUUGGUCUACCCUUUAUACAAACAUUUUGUUAACGCUAACCAAAACUCCAUGUGCAUUCUGGGAAAUAUGUGUCACUCUAUGCAGUUCCCCACUUUUGACAUUCAGGUGCGAUUCUUCUUGAAAAGCUUGACUACUGGCUUCCUGCCAAAGAAAGAAGACAUGUUACAAGACAUCAAAAAACAUGCUGAAAAAAAACUGGUGGAUGGAAAACCAAAAAAACUUUACUUCAUCACAACAGCAGAGGAAGAUGCAGACUACUACGGCAACCUGGCAGCAUUGGCCAACAUUGACCCUCUUCCAAGAGUGCUCACCAAGAUCCACGCUAGAGCUGUCUCUCAGAUCUACGACAACUUCCCGCUCUUCCGUGGAGACAAGUAUAAAGUUAUUGAUAAUGAGACAUUUGUGGUUUCCCCUCCAGCCUGAGCUUUGAACAAUGUUUCGUCUGGAAUCCAACAGUAGGUACCUGAAUAGUUGUGAGAUUUUUUCUGAGACUGGACAGAAAAAGUUCUCAAUAAUUGAACAUCAGCAUUGAACAUUAACGUAUAAUACUCAAAGAAUGUAUUGAAUAAGGAUAAGAUAUACUUAGUUUAUAAUAUUUAUGUGUUGAAAUAAAAUUAUUAUUUCUUAGUUUAUAGAUAUUUUUAGAAUCGAAUUAAUGAAUUGAACUUCAAAUAUAUAUUUAACAAGUUGUUUGAAUAAGAGCCUUGAUAUGAAACCUUCUUAAGGUGAAACCGCAGAAGUUUUAAUAAUCCAGCUUAAAAGUUCAAUUCAAUGUUUUAUUUUAAAGGUUCAAAUUAUAUAUUCUAAAAAAUGUUCUAACUUUAAAAUUCGUAGACUUACAUAUAUUAUUAUAUAUUAAUACCUAAUUGGAAUUUUAAAAGUUUUAAAAUAUUUAUUUUUUAAAUUAAAAAAUUAGUAAAAUAAGCACUUAAGCUCUUAAUCAUUUUUAAUACUCACAAUAUUUGUAAUGUAUUUUAUAUUUUUAGUAAUGAGUUUUAAUAAUUAUUUAAUGCUCUAUUUAUGUGUAACUCAUUGAGUAAAAAGUGGCUUUUUCAACUAUAAAGAUAAAGUAUCACAACCUCUGGCCCUGGGCAAAAUAUUCUUUUUCUUUUUAACAAUGGAUCCAUAUUGCUUGUUCCAUCUCUUGGAUUAUCUAUAUAAUAACCAUUACAAAAGGUCACUUUUGAUUAAAUUUAACUGAUUACAGCUAAUCUUAAUAACUAUAACAUUUCUUUGAAGAAAGUGGGAGUUAAUAAAAUUAAAGCAUGCAGCCCACUGCAAAUUUUUAACUAAAUUUUCAUUAAUAUAAGAAUUUUUGCAUGUUUUUAAUAGCGUAAUUUUAAUAUUAUUUAAGAUUUAUUUAUUUAUUAGAAUACAUGUUUGUAACAUAAUUGUAAAGCAAUCUCAUUUAACCAGUAUUUGUUAUGAUACUCUCUCUGUAUGUUUUGUGAAUAAUUUCAUUAAAUAAAUAAUUUAAUUAAAUUGA